CUAUGACUUCUGGUACGAAUGACAAGAAAGCAUUAAUUAAUAUCAAACACUGAAGCCAUUUAAUCUAGCCGUGUAAAGUUUAAAUCGGCUCAUCUCCUUCGAAAAGGCAGAUUUAAGAUGAUUAAGCAUUCGUGACAGUGUUUUCCAGAAUGAUUUCCAGAAUAUUGUCAGACUGUUUGUGUUUAUUGGAGAUGUUUGGCAGACAGGACAGAGACAGACAGAAUCUCCUGCUUUCUUUCACCAAACAACUUCAGCUGAAUCAGUUUGGAGCCGAAUCCUGAGUUUAGGAGUCGACUCCUUAAACCCUAAUGAAUCCUAGCCAGGCAGUUACAGAAGCACUGAAUAUCUGAUGGAGGCAAAGUUGAGGCUUUAUCUGUGUAAGGUCAGGGAGUAUUAUCGGGGAAUAAGCAGACUGAUAUCGGUAGUUAGGGAAGAUUUAAAGCAGUGAGAUUUUAUAGACCGCGACUGUACGAGAAUCAGCAAUAACAACAAACAAGCAAACAAACGAACAAACAAACAAAAAAACAAACAAGGUACUCUUCCGGGGGAAAAAAAUAUAUUAUAUCCCUCACCACACCACACACUGGGAGUCAAACUGGGCGCAAAUCACUCGAAAUGCCCUAAAAGUGGUUUGUAAACAAUGCCUCCGAGUGAAAGGAGUGCGGGGAAUUUACUUCCGGUAUCGGGGCGUGACGUAGGCGGCUGGGUUCCUCCGGCGCGCUGGUGUGUGGAGAGAGAUGUGGCUGAAUCCGGCCGAGGUUUCGCUGAAAAAUGCGCUGAAUCUCUGGAUCACGGACAAAUCUAAUGAUUAUUUCCUGCUGCAGCGAAGAAGGGGACAUGGAGACACCGGGGGCAAAUUCACAGGUAUGUUGGUGGGAGCACUGGACACUGUGUUGGACUCAAACGCACGAGUCGCUCCAUUUCGGAUCCUUCUACAAGUUCCGGGUUCGCAGAGCAGCUGGGUCAUCGCUAGCGGAGCCACAGCUGAAGAAAUUCAGAAACACUGGAAAUGGCUGGACCAGAACUUGUUGCCGUACAUGUCGGUAUUUGAGAACAAGCAGGAUGCUGCAAGCUUUGCACAGGGCAAAGUCAAGGGCCUGAUUGCUGAGGAAGUACUGGUUGGCCAGGCAGCGCUGGAUGAUGACCCAACCCGUUUCCGCGAGGCCAUGGUGCGAUUUGAGCAGCGAUUUGGCCUCCCGCUGAAAGAAAAAUUGGUGGCUCAUUACUCCUGCUGCUGCUGGAAAGGUCGAGUGCCACGUCAGGGCUGGAUCUACCUCUCCACCAAUCACCUGGCUUUCUACUCGUUCCUGCUCGGAAAAGAGGUGAAGCUGUUGAUCCCGUGGGCAGACGUCACGGCUCUGGAGCGCGCCACUUUUGGUCUCAUCAACGAUGCGAUCAGAGUUCGGACGCGCCAAAAGCAGCGUGAAUUCUCCAUGUUCCUUGAUGUCGAUGAAGUGAUGACCGUGAUGACUCAGCUGGGCGAUAUGGCGCUGCGAAGACUGUUUGAUAACGGCAAAAUGGAACCGGAUUCCAACAUUACUAAACGGGCACUGGAGCAGCAGGCCCUGUGCCAGUACGUGCUGUCACUCUUCGGCCUCCCGCGUUCUGAGACGCUAAAGGAAGUGAUGCGAUGCGCAGCUUGGACGCCUCACGCCCGAUGUCACACCCCUGGGAAUCUCUAUGUUACGGAAAAUUACAUGGCCUUCAGCAGCCUUCAGGAGGGAAACUGCACCCUCCUCAUCCCGCUCGCCGAGGUGCAGUCUGUGGAGAAAGCAGAGAGCACUGGCGCGCUGCCGAACCCUGUGAUCAUCAGCGUGCGCUCGAAGCGGGCUUUCCAGCUGAUCGAAGUGGCGCGACGAGACCAGCUGGUGGAAAGUCUGAAUGCCCGUCUCCGAGCGCUGCGCUGGCACAGCAACGGCAAAAAGCCUCUGAUUUCCUCCACUCCAUAUUAUACAUUUUGCUACGACACGGACGACACUCUCCAUCCCGUUAUUCUCGAGGAAGCGUUAAUCACCACAUUCCAUACCAGCCAAUCAGAAUCCUCCGAGCUCAGGAGCCUGUGGGAUGAGCACUUUGAGGAGUUCGGCCGCGGCGUGCACAUGUUCCGCACUGAGAAAACGCGAAAACUGGUGGCUGCGGGCAUCCCGGAGUCGCUGCGUGGAGAGAUGUGGCUCACCUUUUCAGAUGCACGGUCCUUUCUGAACACCCACUCACGCGCUUACUCUGAUUUGCUGGCGGAGAGGACAAACGAGCAGACGAGUGACGAGAUCGAGAGAGACUUGCGGCGCUCAUUGCCUGAACACGCCGCGUUUCAGAGCGAGACGGGCAUCGCGGCGCUGCGCCGCGUACUCAAUGCCUACGCCUUCCGCAACCCGGGCAUCGGCUACUGCCAGUCUAUGAACAUUUUAGCAUCAGUGUUGCUGCUCUACACGAGAGAGGAAGAAGCGUUCUGGCUGCUGGUCACAGUGUGUGAGAGAAUGCUGCCCGAUUACUUCAACCGCAGAGUCAUUGGUGCUCAGGUGGACCGCUCAGUGUUUGAGGAGCUGAUCCGUGAGCGAUUGCCGCACCUGGCCGAGCGCGUCCCGGACCUCUCCGCUCUCUCAUCGCUCUCGCUCUCCUGGUUCCUCGCUCUGUUCCUCAGCGCUGUUCCAUUCCGUAGCGGCCUGCGCAUCCUUGACUGCUUCUUCUGCCACGGCGUCAAAAUCAUUUUCCAGCUGGGCCUUGCUGUGCUUGAUGCUAACGUUGAUGAAAUUUGUGCUAGCACCGACGAUGGUCAGUCUCUGAUGAUACUGACCAGUUUCCUGGAGCGUGUCCGAGACGAUGAGGGGUCGUGUGUGAGUUCUGAAGAGACGGGGCCUGCAGGACACAUACAAAUCAGUACUCUCAUCAGUGAUGCAUAUGAGAAAUUUGGGGACCUGACAGUAAAGCAGCUGGAAAGGAUGAGAUCGAGACACAGAAUCCAAGUGCUGCAGGCCCACGAGGACACCUCUAAAGAGAACACACUGCGUCUUGUCUCGCCUGGUGUCUCGCUCUCUCAGGAGAAUCUAUCAGAACUCUACGACCUCUUUAAGACGGAACAUUUCAUUAACCUGUACUGGGGAGACGGAGUGUGUUCUGCCUCUCUUGAACAGUACCAACUGGACCGAGCCCAGUUUAAGAGCCUCUACCAGCUGCUGAUGCCUUGGCAGUGUGGAUCACACACAGAUACAAUGGCACAGAGAACCUUCAACCUGCUGGACCAAGAUGGACAAAACCACAUCACAUUCAGCCAGUUUGCCCGCUGGAUAGACACUCUGUACUGUGAAGAGCUGAAUGAGAAAGUCCGGCUUCUCUAUCGUCUCCACAUUCCACCCGCCCUGACUGAGAACGAAGGCAAUCCUUCUCCUGUGAAGGCUCCCAUCCUUUCCACCAACAGACCUCUCUGCGUCAACCUGCCCAAUGGAGAGGGGAAAAGCUACGAAGAGCAGCUGAAGCAGAUGUUGAAGGACUUGGGCAAGGAGAAAGACAAAGGCGUGGAGAAACCCCUCCCUCACAUGAAACAGCGAGAGUUUGUGCAGUUUUGCAAGACGCUCUGCAGCAUGUUCCACGGCAUCCCCGGGGAAAACGAACUCUUCCAAGCCAUUGCUGUGGUCACCAGUUUAGUGCUGCAGAUUGGUGAGGCCCGGCACAAGGGAGCCGAACCGAAGGAAUCGGACCAAACAGCCUCUGUUUCUGGGAGAGGAAGCGUGUCAGAUGCAGAAACUGAUUGGACAGUGAGUUUUGAGCAGAUCUUGGCCUCGCUGCUGACCGAGCAGGUACUUGUAAACUUCCUGGAGACUCCAGUGGAUCUCAGUGGGAAGAUUGCAUCGGCGAAGGAGAAGCAGUAUCAGCAGCGUUCAGGACUGCUGAUGGUCCAGCACAGUGUCAGCUGAGACCUGGACCUUCCUAGACUGGUCUCUGUAGAUGCUUGAGUAACAGGAAGCUGUGAUUAUGUAGCCAUUUUCUUGGGUUUUGCUCAAUCCAUGGUUUGUAGUGAGACAGAAGAAAACACCAGGGAUAGGCUAGAGGCUAAAGUAUGUGCCAUAUCGAGACAAAAAUGAUGUUUCAGCUGAUCCCUGAGGAAACAGAAGACGUAAAAAAGAUUGUACGCUGGAAUAAAAGUAUUAGAAUCAAUAAAGUCCUUCGAAAUAGGGGAAAAAAAAUUUAGUUUUCUCAGUUGAUGUUCCAAGAAAGAAUGAAAUAAUAUUGGUUCAUCGACCAUUAGUCGUUUAAGUCCUGCAGUGAUUCAAUCUCAGUUCUGUAGUUCCUCACAUUCAGCUCAGUUCUAGAACUAUGAAAGAAAAGAAGUACAAUCAGAGAGAAUUCUAGAUCAGUAUUGUCCUUCUAGAUCUCUAAGAUCACAGAAUGAUUCUAAAUUCCAUACUGAAUUCUAAAAGAGUCUUGGCUGCUGUUGUUGAACAGCACCAGCUGAGAUAUGGACCAGCUCGGGUUGGUCUUUUAACAUCUUUUACCUUUUAUUCAGAGAUGGUCGUGGUUUAAUUGUACAGUGGUUCCCGACCUGGCUACUGGAGCACGACUGCACUGCAUACAUUACUAUUUUUCCUGCUCAGAACUCUUAUUGUUUUUACCCCAUUUUUGGUCAAGUUGGUCAUUUGCAAAUUACCACUGACCGACCUGCCAGCUCUCCCUGAUCACACGACAGCUGGAGAUCUGCCAGCCCUGAAGGGGGAACAAUGUGUAGUCUGCAGAGGGUUUAAUGUUUUUGAUAUAGUCCUUGCACAAUUCACCUGCAUAAGGUAGAAACUGUAUUGCGAUUAUCACCAGGAGCUUUUGGGAGGGUGCGGGGGAGGGUGUAUGGGGGGUGUAUGAGGGUUAGGAGGCAAGAGGGGUUGUACGGUGAGCUGCCGCUUGCCUGGCAGUUACUGUGAAACCCCGUAUGUACAAACGUACCUCAACAGGCUUGGCCACGGUUUUUGAAUACACCUUAAUUAAAUACGUGGGAAUCAACGGUGUACAAAUCGUAUAGUGGGCUGUAGGCUAUACGUUCUGGCUACUACUGUUUCUCAUUGGAAUGUGGGGGGGGGGGGGGGGGGGGGUUUGUAAGUGACACAUCGCUUGCUAAUAUGAUUUGUACAGGGAAGGGACUAAAACGAGAUUUAAGUAGAGUAUCUGAUCCUCUUGGUAUCCCUGGAGGACCAUGAAGAGGAUCCUACUGGCCCAGUGAUGACGGAAAUGAUCUGCAUCAUCACCUGGUUGUUUCUGGACCAUUAGAGGGAAGCUGGUCUUUCCUUAAUUAAAUAAACCACUAAACCAUGGGGCCAAAGAAUUUAAAAUGUGAUGUUCUUAUGUCAGUGAUGACAAUUGCAUCUUAAAAAGAGAAAACAGUGCCUUAAAGAUUAAACACCACACUCUUGUAUGUAGCACACACACCACUGAUGUGAGGAAAUAAAAGUUGCUGUCUUUUUAUUUUUGAUUGUUUAUUUUUUUCCACAAUCUUCAAAACAAGUCCAAAAUGAAGUGUUUUUUUUUUCUUUUUUUUUUAAUGUCAAUGCUAAGUGACUGUUUCUGUGAAGCAUUACAAAAUUCUGUA